AAAAUUUCUGAAAUGAGCAGCUACAAUAGUAUCAUGAACUUGUCUCCCUCAAAUGAAUGCCAAAGCUCGAACUCCAUCCAAACAUUAAUGAUCAUCAAUGACCCAGAAGGGAGUCAGGAUUCUGGUAUUUAGAGAAUCUAGCAAGAAGAACACAUUUGGUGAGAUGUCACUUGAAAUCAGCCAGUCUUUGGCGCAAGAAGAUGAACUGAAGCCUAUUGACCUCAAGCGGAACCCCAAUCUCUACCCUCAAAAUAUGGAAGAUAACAAUGAUCUUGUGAGGCAUAUCUCCGCUCUCAGUUUUAUCAGCAAGUAUAAUAAUGAUAAAAAUAAUGAACAAAUGGAGGAAUCAUCUAGGAAGCUUCAAAAUUGCAAAAUUCCUGACUCCAAAAUUGUGUUCAACAUUUCUCCAAGAAAGCCCCAGCAGAAGGUCACUAGGACAGAGUCUGACCUAAUCGAUAUUGGAAAUUCUAUAAAAAUAAUUCACUCAAGAAGUAGCAGUGAGAGUACUAAACAGAUGCAAGAGAAGAGGGAAGAGAGUCAUCGCCAGAUCAGCUAUGUCUCCUUGUCCGUCAGCAGUGAGUUGACCCAACAGAAGGAGAACGCUCAGCCAAACCAAACAAAUCCUGAAAUUUCUGGUCACGCGAAGUCGGAUACCGUCAUCUGACAUUCAAUGGAGGAAAGUCCAAAUAGUUUGUUCAAUACCAAAUGGUGACGUCAGAACUUAGACUCGUCAUUGAUUUACGAAGAUAGCAGAAGUCCUGGUCAGGUUACAAACGGUCAAGAUAUGAUCUCCACCACGGAGCUCGAUCAAAUCAUCAAAAUGCUUGAAGAUUCCAUGCAAAAGCAAUCCAUCUUAGAGGAAAAUUUAUCUUGAAUGAAGGAAAAAGAAAAAUUGUUGGUAAAUGAAGUCAAAACUCUGAGGUCAACUUUGAAAAAGUCUGAAUCUGAAAACACCAAACUCACUGAAAAAGUCGAUGACCUCCAUAAAGAACUUUCGUUAAAGACCAGACUCGCAAUGAAAUGCUCCUCCUUAGAAAGGAAACUCAAGGAAGCUGAGCAUGCUGUUCUCCAAAUCAACUCCAACCUGAAGAGUUCAGAAAACAAGCGAUUGACAUUGUCCAAGCAAUUGGAGAAUAAAAUCCAAGAAUCUGAAAGCACAGCUAAGAAGUUGAGAGAGCAGUUCUCCAGUGCUACAAUCGAUCUAAGCUUGAGAGACAAGUCAUAUAGCAUUGUUGAAAACGAGAUUACCUCAGACCUCUUCCAAGACAUGAACACCAUUCUCACCAACCUAAUUGAGAAUUUCAAAUACAAUGACUUUUUGGUAGGCCUGACUUUGAAAGAGGACAAGAAGUUGAAGGAGAUCAUGAAUAGGCUUCAGAAAUACCAAAAAUUCAACACAUAUUCCUACUCAUUCAUCAACACUUUUGCGAAGAUAAUGUCCAUUAAAUCAACAUGAGAGAAAUACAUCCAAAAAUCCAAUAUUGAUAAGGCGAUGAAUGACCAAGCACGGAGGAGUUCUACAGGCAAGAAAAAGGCCAUCUCACCCAAAGACAAGAACCAGGGAAAGUCUGAAAAGAAGGCUUCUAGCAGAGCCGGCUCCAAAAAGAAACAGUCUAAUUAUUUAAAUUACAAGAAACAGCUAAAUAGUUAUACAAGGAAUACAAGAAUCGAUACCUCGAAGUCUUUAAAGAAGUACUUCUACUCAAACAGGUCUAUUAAUGAGGCCAGCCAGAUGGACGAUUUUGAUUCAAACAUUGCUACAGAAAAGCACCAGGGGGAACUGAGGUACUCCAAACCCAACCUGAGGAAAAAUGUGUAUGCCUCCUUGCCUAAGAAAACACUUAAUGAGAGGAAAGCUUCCUCCCCUGCGAACUAUUCAGUCCUGACUGAUAACUUUGUCAAGAUUGAGGACUCCUUAGCAAUGAAGUAUACUUCAAACCAGCAGAUAAAGCCUAAAGAAGAUAGGUAUUCGAAGUCACCAAAAUCCUCAAUCCCAGCUCCUUCAUCUCAGUACCAUUCUCAAGGGAAAAAGAGCUUUAAGUCUUCAACAAAAACGGUCAAACUGCCUGUGUCGAAGUCUGUUAAAUAACAUUCAUGAAAAUGUUGUGCCUAAACCAACAUUUCAUCCUUGAAAUGUUGCAGUGAAAUCACCAAGGAAUUUCACUAGCAAAGUUAGCUUUAAGCCUACUGCAAAGGCUUAUGACCAGAUGAAAAUGGCUGCUUCCAAGAUCGGUAUUCCUAAUGGAAACUCUAGGAAGCAGUACCUCAAUGUCACUGGAAUGUUUUCCACUCGUAACAGCAUGCUACACACGACAAGUGCUAGGAACAGUGGUUCUGGAGCCAGGCCAGGUCCCAUUUCUGUCAGGCCUAACUACUAGUCACAUAAAGAUCAAUUUAUUAAUACUGAAAA